AUGGACUUGUUCAGAGAGAAACUAUUGACAAUUCACAAGACAGCAGCAUGGACAGUGCUUCCCCCGGCCGAGAUCGAAUAUGCAUACAAAGAGGCGAAAUUUCUCCUUGCUUCUGGUCUUAAUGGGUUAAAUGAGGUGAACUACAUGAGUGUGACUGAACUGCUGUUUUACCUGUGCAUUGUUCGUGGCUCAGAUGAGGAAGCGCAAUCGAUAUACCAGACGGUGAAGGACCAGUUUGGGGAAGACUCGCCCCGGAUUCAUCUCAUGCGUGCGACUUUAAUCCAAGUCACAGAAUCGGACGAUGCGGCAAAGGAAUAUAUAAAUAAACUAAUCAAGGGACAAUUGGAGAUAGCGACUGAUUCUGAGGACUACGUCCAAAUGAAGAAGAAGCUUCUGGCCAUUGAGAGACCUUCGAUGACUAAGGAGAAGUGGGUUCAGGAGCUUUUGGACCUGGUUGAAAAAUUCCCAUUGGAUGCAGAGCUUUGGUCUUUGCUUUCUAAAGAGUACGAGGAGUCGGGCAACUACGACCAGGCUAUAUACUGCAUGGAAGAAGUUAUUGUUUCCAUACCGUUCAACUACGAAGCAUUUGGCCAAUUGGCCUACUUGCAUUACCUCAAGUACACGAAAGAUCCAAGUUCCGAGGCAUCGCUUCAGUCCAGUUUAUCGAAUGCUUUAAGGUCUGUUGAGUUGGCAGAAGCCUAUGUCAAGGGAUGGGGUUUAGUCUUGACCACGUCAGAAAAACUGAUGAAGAAAGACUUGCACGAAUUGGCAACGCGUAAGUUGGUUGAACUGCAAAAAAAUACAGACAAUGCUGACAUCGUAAACAUAUCCAAAUACUUACUGGACUCUUCUGCUUAA